CAGUUUGGGAGGAGACGCCGGAGAGAGAGGAUAGGAGAGGUAGCGGGCGCAGAGGAGCAGACCGUCGACAGCAGGAAUGGAGGAGAAGAAGCAGGCCGGCGAAGGCCCGGAGACGAAGGCGACAGACGCGAAGGGCAAGGCGGCCGGCGGGCCGGAGGGGAAGGCCGCCGCCCGGGCGGACCGCCACACCUGCCUCGGCUGCCGCUUCCCGCUGCUGGUGGCCAUUUUGCAGCUGGUGCUGGGCGUCGCCGUGGCAGCGCUGGCCUUCAUCAUGAGCAGCCUCAGCCCCUCCCUGCUGGCCAGGGAGACCCCGCACUGGGCCGGAAUCAUCGUCUGCCUGGUAUCCCUGCUGGGGUUCGUCCUGUACUGCGUCACGUACCUCGCGGACGAGAAGACGUCCCUGCAGUUCGUUGCCAAGCUGCUGUACUUCCUGUUGUGCACCCUGGCCAUGGUGCUGUCCCUGCUGGCCCUGUCCUUCGCCGUGCACCACCACGGGCAGGUGAGCGCCUUCACCUGCGCGGAGCAGGGCGGCGACUGCAGGUGCACCCUGGAGCCCGAGGACCCCAUCGGCCGCACCUUCCUGUACGCGGACGCGGGCGACUGCAGCUCCAUCACCGGCACGCUCAAGCUGUACUUCCUGCUGCAGAUCCUGCUCAACCUGGCCCAGGCGCUGGUGUGCCUGGCGGCCACCUUCAUCAUGUGGAAGCACAGGUACCAGGUGUUCUUCGUGGGGCUCCAGGAGUCACCCUCCGUGCGCCAGUGGCAGAAGGUUUAGGGGCGCGGGCGGGGCUCAGAGGGAAGCCCCUCGUCCGUCCGUCCGUCCGUCCCCCGCCCCCCUCCAAGACUUGUUUGUGUGCCGUAUCUGAGCUCCAGGCACUCCUUUUCGGAGAUGAGUUUUUUUCGGUGCGUUUUUACAAUUUUUCUAUACCAACCAAUUUUUUUUUUUUGUAAAGGUUUUGCCUUUUUUGCUUUUAGUUAACUCGUAGACGCCCGUGCUAAAGCAGAAAUUGCUUCCAAAGACAAAUACAUUCAAGGCAGUUAUGUACCAAACGCUCGGUUGUCUAUCUGGGAGGAGCUGAGAGGAGAGGCCGCAGGACAGAAUGCUUCAGUCAGGCCAACUGGACUCAUUGGACUUCUAGACCUACUGUACCAUGGCAGGGCCUACACUGCAUCUUUAACAUACCCGUUUGAGAUCUUUUACCCAUCUUCAAAUCAGUAAAAGACUCGACUCGUGUGUGAUGCACGUUGGUUUCUCUAAAAACCGACCCUCUCUGGAGCGUGGGAAAAUACAUGUCUCGUCCCAGACCGCCAUUUUGUCCGGUUUCACCGCACUUUGCUCCAGAUGCAGCCUUUACUGGAAUGGAGUACACUGCAAAAUACUGUCCAUGUGUUAUGUGGACACCCAAGUCAAAAUCCAAUGCGAAAGAACGGUAUAUUAAGCAAACUUGAUAAAGUUUAAUUAUACGUCUUACACUACACGCAUUCUUACGUAUAAAAUUGUAUACCUCAGGUAUAUGUCAGCAGCAUGCUAUUUUUUCAUGUGAUUUUGGAAAAUACGAUGAGAAAUACAUCUAUAUAAAUCUAUAUUUUUGUGAUAUCUGAAAGCGCAUUAUUGGUUUUAUGUAUUACUGGAAUAAUUGGCAGUGCAUGGGGAUGUGUUGCAAUAUAUCGAUGAUGCAUUUUAUUUCCUUGUAUUCUCAGUUUGUGCCAUUUCUGUCAGGGAAAGAGACAGAAUGGUAUUCUUAUUUUAUUUGUGCCCUCUCGUAUAUUUUAUAUAAGUUUAUUUGUGAGUAUGGCAGAGGAGCAGCAGGGUAGGACAGUUGGGGAAAUCGACUUGUAACUAAAUGGCCGCGGGUUUGAUUACAAGGCAGGACACUGCCAUUGUACACUUGAGCAAGCUACUUGCCCUGCAUUUUGCUUCAGUAUGUAUUCAGCGGUGUACAUGGGCACUGUGUAAAAAUGUGUGUGUUCUAAAUGCCUGUGAUGCCAUCAGGAACGAAUGGAAUCUAAAGAGGGGGAGCAAUGAGAUGACCUUUAACCUUUUAUUCCGCUGAAAGUUCUGCUGACUGGAGUGGUCUCUAACCGGUUGCCACGGAGAGCCGUGUGUAUGCAUGUUUUCAUUCCAGCCCAUUAAUGCUACCGCAUAACUGAUUCCAAUUACUCAUUCGGCCAUCUGCAUUAGAAUAUCGAAUUGAAGCAACAGGUGUGAUUUAGACAACGCAAAUAACCAUUUCACUUUAUACAUUAUGUACAGCCCUAAUUCGGCAAACAAAGUAUUUAUAUAAUCCUGAUCUGAGGCUGGAAUCAAAACCAGCAUACACACGGCCCUUCAUGGCACCGUGUUGGAGAGCACUGGCCGUUAUUUUUGUACACAUCUACAGUAUUGACAGGAUCGACACAUUAAAAAAAAGUGCUUUCCAUUUUGUCUUAA